AUGUCUCUAGCAAAACCAACUGGAUUUUUGGCCAUAUGGGGCGACCAGUCAGUGUUUCUUCGAUGGUUACCUGUACUGAAUGCAAGCAAAUAUGAAAUUUGUAUUAAAUCAGAAGAUACCAGGGCUACAACGUUUGAUUAUACUACAGAAACAUGUUUUACAAAAACCAGUUUGGAAAAUGGAAAAUGUUAUUUAGCUCAAUUAACGGCAAUAACUGACGAUAGACAUAGUGAACCUUCGAUCAUUUUGAAAUUUAAACCGAAAUCUGGUGCAUCUUCAUCCAGUCUUUCGGUUAAGCGAGGUUCACAAUCGGGCAGAAUUAGUCUGAAGUGGACAAAUGUUCCAGCUCACGCUGGAUAUAAAAUUGAGCGAUGUAACGUCAGCGAUGUAGAAGGGUAUGUUCUCAUUGCAACUAUUAGGGACACUGCAACUACAACAUACGAGGAUCAAACAAACUGUGACACGUCACAGCAAUCUUGCUUGGGACACUUUUACACUGUUUCAACUCUUGAUACAACAUGGGCAUCGAACGGUUCGAUAUUAAGUAAAAAAAUAUUUUGCACAGAGACAAGAGCACUGAAUUCUCCCACUAUUGCAUCGGCAGUUUCAUCGACGGUCGCUGUGCCGAAACUUAGUCCUUCAAUUACUUUCGUUGCUCGUCCAGGCACAACAGAAAGUAAUUUACAACCACCACGACAAAAGGCAGAGACUCAUAUAAAUAAACAAGCUACUUCACAGCACAUAACGCCAGAACGAGUCGAUAUUUAUAAUGAAUUUCAAAAACACAUAAACGCAUUGACCGCCGAGCUAUCACGAGCACCACAACCUACAGAAAUUAAGCCAGUAUCGACAACGAUUGGAAAAGGGACAAUUGAAGUUGGAAAAGGAGACAUUACAAAACAGAAGGUCGAUGUUAUUAUUGCCAGUUCAUCAUCUGAAAUACUUAAACAAAUAAUAAUAAACGCGGGUGGUGCGGAAUGUAAGGCUGCCUACGAGACUGAAUAUAAAAACAAUCCAGGUUCUUUACUGAUUACAACCCCGCCCGUUGCAUUUCCAGCUAUCGGGUGCGGGAAACACGGCUGUUCAGUUGACGUUGUGGUCAAGACCAUGCCCGAACAGCAAAAUAUUUUCGAUGAGUUCUGUAAACAAGUUUUAGCAUCCCAAGUCGGGAAAACUACUCUGGGUAACAGUUCAAUGAAAACGCGCCCCGUUGGAUUUGAUACAACAACAGAUGGAAAUCAUAUUUUCGUUACGUACCAUGACGCGCAAGCGUUUGCAGAAUAUUUAAUCACUUAUAAAUGA